AUGUUAAAUUCGUGGUUCUUACUCAACAUGGCCACACGUUGUGAAAAGUUUAAGUCUGGAAAUCUGAGAAAACACGAAUUCAGUGCGUGCUGCGUCCAAAUCUCCACUUUUAACAUUCCUGUGGAGAAAAUUCGCAGCACUAUUCUCGAGAAAAAAAAGAAAAAGUCUUUGGACGAGGAGAAAUUUCUGAAAACUCGAACAACUCGAACAAUGAAGACUCGAACAACUCGAACAGUGAAUCAAGAAGCUCGAACAGCAGAGCAAGAAAAAUCUGAGUCGCGGUUCCGUUUUUCGUUAAAAGUAACGGUUUGA